AUGUAUAAUUAUUCUAAAUUAUUUAUAACAACAACCACCAUUUCAUUGGUUUUACUAGUUUCAAGUAUAAAUGCAACUACUAAUAAUCACAACCAUGAAGAUUACGAUUCAUCAAACACACCAAUUUAUGCCAAUGUUGUAAGAUAUAAUAAUGGGUCACCAGGACAAUGUAUCACCGAUCAACCAUAUAUCUAUACCUCUUAUUUGACUGGAGCUUGUGUCGAUGGUUGGAGAUACUAUUGCAAGGGCAAUGGAGCACAAGUUGUAUACCAAGCGUUUGAAAGUUUGGGGUGCACAGGUAAUAGCUUCGAAUACACCUACAACACUGGUAAAUGCAUAACCGAUAAGAAUUUCAACCGUGAUGGUGGAUCGAUCUACAGCUGUGGCACAAACUACACCAUCCCCGACAACACUGUCUCUGAAGUGGAAUACAAUGUGCCGUGUGGAGACGACGAUGGUCAAGCCGUAACAGUCAACGCCAUGGUCCUCGGUUCUUGUGUUCCAAACUACCAAGAGACAAACCAGUCUUUUAUCUUCUCUGCUUGCACCGAGGAUACACUGACCACCCAAUCUUUCACAUCAUUUAAUUGCAGUCAACAAGUUAAAGAAAAUACAGCUCCAUUGAAACCAUUUUGUCUAAGUAGCAGCUCCCUUGUUUCAAAGUGCAAUAAUAAUUAA